GCGCGAGAAUCAACUAAGCACUGGCCCAGCACGGUGCCUGCGUUUCUUUUAUAGCGUGACUUUUAAAUCACAUCGCGGCGCCAAAUUGAAAAUUAAACAAAUUGUUCUAUGUUCUUUGGUUGUGGGGUCAGUCGUCUGGAGCGCCAACAUGUAACAUCCAACAUGUUGAGGCGAGCCGAACAGCAUACAUACCAAAUAGCUGGUCGCACAGAGGCGCAAUGCUGAGUAUUUCUAGUCUGACAAUGGAAGUGUGAAUACCUUUGCGUAGAAAAGCGGUUCAGCGUUAUCGGUCAGCGGUCAGUGUCCGUUCAUAGAAACAUUUAGGACAAAUUAAGUUUUUAAUAAAAAUAAAAUUAAUAAAGUGAAAAAUAAAUUAAAUAUUUGCAUCCCUAAGUGAAAAGUGCUGCGGCUUUAAGCAUGUGAUAACUUGGACAUUUCUGCGACUAAUAUAUCGCUGAUUUAAUAGUGAAACAAUAGUGCGGUGGUAAACUUUCUGCGUUCAAGCCAUGUUAAACAUGAGUCAUGUAAUAAACAUUUAGUGACUGUGAUGACCUAAAUGUUACACAUUCGACACGCACAGCUAGAUGCUCAUAAAACCGUUCAAUGAAAAACGGAGCAUUUGUGCGUACAACAUUCUAGUGCUACAAACCAUAUCACAUACAAAUCUACAAUAAAAGCAGCGAAAUAGAAGUCAUAGCUGCCAAGGAGUCAGGGCGUCCGAAAUGGAUGCGCGAAAACAGAAGCGGCUUGGCGCCGCGCCAAUUGCAUCGUUCGAGAAGUCGUUUGAGGAAACGGGAGCAACGGGCAACACGGCCCACACCAGCACAACAAGCGCUAUGACAGGCAGCAGCUCAGCCACAGCAGUAACGGUUAUACCAGCAGCGUCUUUCUCGGGUUCAACGAAGUUCAACGCGUCGCAGGAACAUGAGACGCUUGCCAAGGACAUUCACAACAAUGGAGAGAUGUUGAUGGAGCCACGCGAGCACAUUAAUAAAACAGCUGCGGACACAGCAACCACAUUGGGGAAGGCAAGAAAUGCCCAAGCAGAACAACCUAGUAUUGCCGUAUCGUUGUCGGAAAGUGCUGUUGUUGCAACAGACGCCAUCGCUGCCGCCGCUGCAGUCAGCCCAAGCAAUAGAUCUAAACACGAAGGCAACAAUACGAGGCGACCACCUCCUUUAAAGUCGACCACCUGCGCCAGCACUACAGCAGGUGGCGGCGACACUGUCGGUCAGCCUCAAACGCAGCAUCAGCAGCUGGCGGCUGGAGUAGGAGGCGCGUACAAAGGAGCCACCACACUUGCCACACCAUCCACGCCCCGUAUCGAACUGAGUCGUGCAUCGUCGUCAUCGCAUCACGAAGAGGACAGCCGGGAAAGCAGUCCGGAGAAUGUGUUCGAACAGGUUGGCACUGGCACCCUACAGGAAACAAUCGGACUGGGCUUUCGCGAAGAGGGCGCCCUGGAGCUACGAAGCUCAACCGAGGAAUUGUACUUUAUGGAUCCGGAGCAGAAGAAGGAAGAGCAGGAGAAGAUACAACAACAGCAGCAAGUAAAACGCUCCUCCCCGCACAUCUUCAAAUUCGACGAUCAUCAAAGCUAUUUGCAACAGCACCAGCGUAAAGACUCGGCCAGUUCCGAGGUCGCUGCAUUGCUUUGUAUUUCCGGACGCACAAGUCGCAUAUCUAGCGUUGGCAGUCAGGGUUCGGCUGUGAGUCGACUCUCAGCGGUAUCGGGCGUUUCACGUUCGCCUUCACCUCAUCGCAUGCUUUUGGAGACAUCAUUUUGUGGUCCAAAGCCUUUGGAAAACGUAGUGGACGGUCGAGUUUCAACCACCAUUGAACCACCGACUGUUGAAUUACUUGAACAAGUUUUGCUGUCACGUAAGCACGAUCCAACACAGGCAGUGUUGGCGGAAGGUAUUACAGUGGAGAGUUCACCGAAGAAGAAGCCGAUAUCGCUUUCAAACGGUGAAGCUAAACCGCCAAUGAAAAGUACUAAGAAAGCAGAGCGACCCAAUGCCGUAGCUAUUGCACCUAGUGGUGUUGCAAAGCCAGUUAUGGGGGCUCAGCGAAGAAGUAGUAAAAGCCCUGGACAAAUGGUAAUUGGAAAAACACCCAGCGGCACCGAGUAUAUACGCAUUAACCUGAAGCCUGACUACAUGUAUAACGACAAAGGUAUUGCCCCCCAUGAGAAAAUUGUGGAGGCUCCUAACAGCAUUGCUCCACUUUAUUCGCGAAGUCAAAAGAAACCUGCUUCAUUAAGUUUAGGUCGGACCGCUGUGGAUGAAAAUCGGCUUACACCCACGGCUAGUCCUAAACCCACGCGACACGGUGCAUUGACUAAGGAUACACACGGUAGUCGUUCACCUUCACCAGCCACUGUUUCAGUUUCGAGAAAGAGUUCAUUUAGUUCGCUGUUUCGACUAGGCGGUAAAGACUCACCUGAUUCACCCCGUGAACGUUCACGAUCCCGCAGUAAAAGUAAAGAACGCCCGACGCCACAGUCACAAAACGUUACACCAAGUAAACAGAAAUCCGUUUUAGCGAUUUUCAAACCAGGGAAACGUGGAAGUAAUGCAGGCGCCGAUGCUAAGUCUUCGAAGAGCUCCUCACCUAUCGAUGGGCAUGAGCUUCAGCAACAGAUGCAACAAAUGCGCAGUAAGUCACACACUCCAUCAUCGACUACCACUGGAGGUGGAUCUCGCCCUGCCAGUAGGUUACGUUAUUACGAUGAACCUGUGGAAGGCGUAAUACACAUACCUCUUCAUACCCCACCAGAGGAAAAAGAAGCACGCAAGCUAUUGCACGGUAUCCAACAACUUAAUGCCGAGCCGAUGCGUCCGGUUCCAACUGCAAUAACUGCUAGCCAGCUUGCAGCGGCCGCUGCUGCUUUGAAACCAGUGGGCGCUCGUAAAGGUUCAGGAAGUGGAUCUUCAGGCAGUGGCCAAUCGCAACCACGUUCACAACAGGUGGAAAAACUACAACGCCUUGAAAAUCUUGAUGCAAUACACACUCUUUCGCAAGAAGAUGACAAUAAAGAACGUACUUGGAGUCUGGAAGUGAACAAGUACAGCUCACAGGACUCACAGGAGACAGCUGGUUCUGAAACCAGCUACGCAAGUGCUAUAAAAGUCAAUAUUCGUUCAAAUUUGGCCAAUGUUAAAGAAAAUGUGGUGCAAGAAAAUGGCAUGGCAGCGGAAGCUGAAAUUCAUCGUUUACCCUCUGUGGAUAGUGGCGGUGAGACGAAGAUCGUUGAGACUGUAGCUACAGUCAAUGUAAACAUUACACAAGUUCAGCCUGAAAAUGAACAUACAAAAGAAAAGCGUCGAUUACUUUUCACCACACGUUUAGGUUCAGGUAGUCAGGAUCCAAUAUUUUCUACACAAUUUAGUAUUUCUAAAACCGAAAGUCAAUCCAGCCAACUUUCAGAGCAGGUUCAAGAGACAAUAAUAGAAAGCCCUGGCUCAGAGACUUUACAUAGGCAAGGCACAGUAAUCCGUCGCUCAGAGGAAGAAGUGGAAUUGAAUGCUUCAACAAAAAUACAAGAAUCUAAAGAGUCUGUGAAAUUGCCGCCGAAACGACGGAGCUCUACGGAGAUUUCAGCUCGGCGGCAGAAAUCGAUUUCCACAUCAGAAGACGAAAAGCAUAUUGUGCAAACAACAGUGACUGCAGUGGUUAUGCGUCGUAAGGAAUCACAUGAGCAACCACGGAGAAAAUCACGCUCUACUUCCGAAGACGAUGCAGAUGCUGGUGGUGGGAUUGUGAAUCAACGACAUUCACGUUACUUGGAAAAUUUCGAUGUGCGAAAAAAGUAUCAUGAGAAUGUGCCACGAAAACCUAAAAGGCAAAGUGUUUCGGAACCAAAACAUGGUGACAGCACGGAGGAUACGAUUGUUCACGUCGCAGAACAGCGUGACGACCAAAAGUUAUCAAAACAACAUCAGCAACGGAAACCGACACUGCCUCAACCACCACCACCAUCUACAGCUCCUUCACCAUCACCUCCCCCAACUGCUCCAUCCGUGUCUGGAAGUCGUUCGCCAACGCCCACACAACGUGUACCGCGCUCACAAUCACAGUCACCAGUAGAUCGCUCCGGAAAACAAACGCCCGUUAAACCACCACGAACCUCUACACCCACACGUCGCUCACAAGGCUCUCAUGUCGGAACAGAAAGACAAUCAAUGCCUUCAACCGAUGAACCAGUCGAAUCAUCUGAAAGCGAACGAGACUCGGAUCUAGCUGGCGGCUCGUCAGCUGCAGCCGAUCCUAAGCGCCGGCAUUUGCCUCGUCAUGUUGGGACAAUUGAAGAUCACGAAAGCACAGGACUCGUGUCGCAAGAGUCUUUUGACGAGCUUCCUUAUGUGCCAACCACGUUACCAGAGGAACGUGCACAUGGUGUGCCACUUGUUCCCAUGAAAGAUCGAGCCAAUAUGGAAUUGAAAACAUGUCCCGUGGAACGACCACGCUCUACUACACCACUGAAUCCUUCACACUUAGAGGAAUAUUGUGGAAUAGUUACACCUCAGGAACAAACAUAUGAACUUAGCGGUUCAGUUCCAGUUCGUGGUGAAAAACUCCGAAUAAGUUUGCCACGAAAAGACUCUACAAAAGAGCGAGUACAAAGCGCAAAGUCCCCUCGACGACCAUCUAAUACCAGCGGCAAAUCCUGGUUUGAGUUUGCCGAAGAAGGUCUUCGUGCUACUUCGUCAAAUUUGGAACGUAAGGACUCCAAUAAACAAUUGCUGCAGCAGCAGACACAACCCGAAUUGGAAAUCAAAACCAAAGUUGCUGUAAGCAUAGCAACAACAACUACCGUGCAGACCACGCAAACACAAAUCACACCAACGUCGGGCACCACAACAACACAACGAAAACUCUCCGGACACUGGAUAGAUUUCGAAAACAUACCAGAAAAGCGCAAGCCACCAAAACGAAUCACGGCUUUACCCAAAGAUGGUGUAGUAACUAGCACCAGCAGUAGCCGAGUUCAUGCCACCACAUCGAGUGUUCAACAUAUAUCGCAGCCCCAGAUGCAUACACAUGGUCAUGGACAUGACCAUCAACAAGCACAACCUGAUGUGACAAUGGAUGGCAAAAUUCAUUACAACUAUGUAAAGCCGGAGGAUUGUCAAUGUGAGUGUCAUGAAGCCAAACGUGAAGGUGGCACAGGCGCCGGAGCGGACGACAACGCGAGCGCGGCCAUUGCAGACGAUGAGGUGGAGGGUGUCACAAGCAGCAAAUCCAUAACCAGUGUUGAUCUGCUACAACAAGGAGAGGACAUGUUGCCAUUACUGGAUCCCGAUACACAAGAUGGAAUUGAACCAAGUGAUUCGUCGCGUGAGUAUAGUUGCUACACGGAUGACGAGAUGGACGUGCCAAUGCGACGGACAAGUUCAAGUCGCUCAAAAGGAAGUUCCUCCAAGUUGGACGAGUUUCCGCGGCGUGAUGUUUCGCACAGUCCUCGAAAUCGAAAGUUUCCAGACAAUCGCAAGUGAGGCCGUCGAAGAUUCAACAACGAGUUGCUGGAUUCACCACUCACGCGUAUUAAGUUCUUAAGUUAAAUUUCUUAUGAGGAAUUCUUAGCUUACUUAGAUAACACUCGAAUGCCUUUCUGUUUUGUUAGCGCGGUUUUAACUCGUAGUUAUCCUUUAAAAUCAGCUAGUAAAAUAUUUAUAAUAUAUAUCUACAUUUAAAUACAUAGUUAAAUUUGUGAGGUUUUGUUGAGGCGACCAGAUGCUUAGAAUAUGUUAAUGUUUUUUGUAUAAAAACCCAUCUAACGGAGGAUUAAUUCUUUAUCUCAACUUAAGCCUUUAAUCAUUUCAAAAUGCCAGCUACCGGUAUCGGACCAAGGCACAUUGAAUGGAUAGCAGGCAAUCCUAUAUUUGGAAUUUUUAAUUUAGUUCCUCAGUUUAUUAUAAUAUUAAGCAUUGCAUUUUGUUAUUUUCGUGCUCCUGCUACUAUCUCUGCAGGGUUCCUUGCGUGACAUAGAAAAUCGAAUACUUUUUCUUGUGAACAAAGAGACUUAUAAUAUGAACAUUGUUUAAGCUCUAAUAUCAGAAGUUAUUAAUCACUUUACAAAUAUGAAAUCAGCUAGUGCUUGCAUACAUAUUUAUAACUACUACAACUACAAGUAUAUACAAUACAUACAUUAAUACAUAUUCAAAUUACAUUCAUACAUACAUACAUACAUAUUGUACCAAUUACUUGCCCAUAAGUACAUACAUGGAAUUAGCUUAGUUAAAUGAGAGUUUUAAUGAAUUUUGGUGUACAGGAAAAAACACUAAAACCAAACAGACAAAGACACAUUUUGAAUGAAAUAUUCAAGCUGAAUUCUUUCGAAAACUCAAAAUAAUCACAGCAUCUCAAUGUUCGAACAUUUUUUUCUUGCUAAUGAACCGUUUCCCAACUUCGAUGGAUUAGAUAAAAGAAAACCAAAGUAUCAAAGUAUUAGCAACCAGAUUAGCAGCAUAUGGAAUUUGAAACUAAGAUUUGAAAACUUCUUAUGAUAUUACUGGCUCCUUUAGGAUUAGGAAUUGUGCGGAACCCGAUAAAGUUGUUUGAAAAAUAUCAAUAAGUAAGCGUUGUUGUUGUUGUUUUCAAUAGAGUGUAAGCAAAAGAGAUCCUAUUCAAAGUUCUAGAUGUUUAUGCAUGUAUUUUUGUAAAAACAUACAAAACCUGAACCCCGUAACGUUAGCGUACGAGCAACCGAAGGAGUACUAGGCACCCAUGAAUCCUCCCCCAAAUUAAAAUGAAAAAACCUACGGUGACCGGCUUCUCGCUAAAUCACCAAGCGAAAACAAUUAAAAAAUGUGCACUAGUGUUAUAAAUCUGACCUUUCCCGUUCAAGUAAUCCAAGCUUCGUUUGAGGCCACUGCAUAAAGCGUUUGGUGUCUACAGUGACUGAUAAUCACUUACUUAAACUUCGGUUAAAAUUGUACGAAAUUUCUCGCUUUCUAGGGCUAUGUUUUGGCUAACUAUGCUACCACUAUUCAACACUGGCAUCAAUAUUUCCAUUUCGAAACAACUUUUUCUAUCCGAUUUCCUAUUUCAACUAACAAAAUGUCACAGCUCCGUUUAUAACAUACAGGAGCGGAUCCACGGAUUCAAAAAGUUAAAAGUUAUGCAUUAUUGCCAUCAUAAGUGACACUCCGCGAAGAGGCGGACUUUGAGUUCCCAAAAUUGUACUUUGGAUGAUAACAUACUAUAUACAUAUGUAUGUAUACAGUUCGAGAGUUUUCUUAAAAUCGUAAAAUUAGCAACGUGUUUCUAUAUUCCCCUAAAUGCUUGUUAUUUUUUUUUUCAAUCUAGUCAACGAUUCGAUUCGUUCAUAUAUAUAAAAAGUUUUUUAAUAAGUCAGACAAUUUUGAUAAAGCAUACUUGCGUACCACGAAAUCACAUACCCGAACCUACCAUUACACUAUUGUCAAACGGAAGAUGUGUGCAUGCGCAUGGAGUCCUUAAAAUCCCAUUAAAAUUAUUACGAUAAUAAUUAAAAUGUUAUUCGAAUUACUACAGACGAAAUGCAUACAUACGUACGAGUAUGUACUCAUACAUACAUA